CUCAGUGUCUCUUGAUUCAUCGAUCAGUGUAGUGUGUGUUGCAUUGUUGCUCCUGUUGGGAGUUUUUUUUUGUCUAAUAAUCCAACGUUAACACGUUGGUUAUUAUUGUUAUUACUAUUAUUAAACAAAUAAUAAUUACCAACAAUAAAUAUAUAAAUAAUAAUAGUAUUUCUACUCAGUAUAUAUUUAAAUAAAAAAAGUGAUUUUUUAAACCGGGCUCUUGUGGAGCCCCGUGAGAACGGACGUUAAGUAUCAGUUAUCAGUUAAAGUUUUGUUUUAAAAAAUGCGUCCGAGGAUAUAUUGGAUUGUUGCGUGCGCUUUCGUCUUCGGCGAAGUUUAUGCUGCUGUUGCUAAUGAGCAAGACACAAGUGGAAAAGAACGAUCGAUAGCAGGAAGUACAACAUACAAUUCAUCCCCUGACGAUCUUUACCUCGACGACCAGGACAACUUGGAAGGUUCUGGUCGCGGUGGUGGUGAAGUACGAGACGAUUUAGAGGCUUCAGGAAGUGGAUUAGGUCCGGACGACGAGGACGGUGAUGGUGAAGCACGCGUAUUAUUCCCAGACCAUGACAAUAGUAAUAAGUUAGAUAACACACAAAAAUCAGAUAAAUCAGAUCCUACGAAAUACUUCGAAGACAUACAGAGUCCUAAGCAAAUUCCUGAGAAGGAUCUCGCACCGCCGAAACCCAAAGAAAGUAAUAAUAAUAAUAAUAACGACGUGGACGUUGUUGAACCAGUUGGCGGUGAAGAAGAUUCCGAUCAAGACGAAGAUACCGAAGACACACACGAAGUGUUAAUAAUGAAUCCUAAACACGAAGACCGUACUAGUUCAUUCUUUGCGCAGCCAAAUGUGCUUGCCGCUGUUAUUGGUGGCGCAGUAUUCGGCUUAGUGUGCGCAAUACUAGUUGUUAUGUUCAUUGUAUACAGAAUGCGUAAAAAAGACGAGGGUUCAUAUGCACUAGACGAACCAAGAAGAUCACCAGCAGCCGCGGCGUAUCCUAAAGCUGGUGCGCCUCAUCACAAUCGUGAAUUUUACGCUUGAAAUCCUCGUGCCAAGCUCUACUUGAACAAUGAUUACCGUUUGACCGAGUGAGACGAUACGAUUUAAUUAGAAAAUAAAUAAAUAAAAAUAAAAAAAAAAAUUUUAAAAGCGUAAAGAAAAACCAACAAAAAAAAACGUAAAAAUAAACUAACAAGAGUCGAACAAAUAAUUAAUUGCUGAUGGAAUUUUUAAACUAUUGUUGAUGUCACGCUUUGAAUAUUAUUAUUAAUCUUCCAUUAAUUAAUUUUGCGGAUUUCAUAACUGAUUGUACUAAAAAAAUUACUGAUUAUUAAUUUAUAAUUAUUGCCGAUUAAUUAUUAAUUAAUAUUAAUUAUACUAUGAUCGAUACUUUCUUUUAUUUAUAUAAAACACGAUUGAAGUUUCAUGUUUCCUCUUUGGUUGACGUCACAUGAUCGAUAUAGAAAAAAAUUCCAAACGCAUUUACGUAAAAUCGUGAGAACAAGUUUAAGCUCAUGCAUGUGUGUAACGUGUGUGUGUAUGUGCUAAUUGUGUGCGUGUGUGUAUAGUAUUGAGAGAUUAUGAAUAAUCGUGAAUCUCUGAUUAAUUAUAAUUUUUUUUUUUUUUUUUUUUUUUUUUUCUCGAGACUGAGAACUUGAAAUUAUUAAAAACAGAAUCUUUUGUAAAAAGUUUCUGUGUAAAUCAUGAAAUUUUUUUUUAAUGACUAUUUUUUUUGUACGUAAUUAUUGUAAACGGGCAUAAUUUUUUCUAUGGAAUAAUUCGAAUGACGUAAUAUAAAUUAAAUAAUCUAAUAAAAUUAUUUACAUAUUUAUAAUCAUAUUUAUUUAAUUCACCGAAAGUGAAUAUAUACAAAUUUUUUUUGUGUCAAUUAUUAUAAAAUUAGACUGUUUUAAUUCAUUAAUUUUUUUUUAUAAAAUGGCAGAUUAAUAAAAUUUUUAUGUACAAUUGUUUGUUUAUAAUUAUAUAUUUUAAUUAAUUAAUUAUUAAAGCUUACUUACUUCAAAACUUUGUACUUUCAAAUCCCUAAAAUAUUUCAUUUAUUGCGGAAGGUUUAAAUUUCUAAUCUAAGAAACAAAAUAAAAACAAUGCAGUUUUUAUUAAUUAGUCGCUUGUUUAAAUUAAUAUAAAAUGAUUUAAGAGGUUAAUUAAGUACAUUAAUAAUUGCCUGCUUAUUUAAUUAAUUAAAAGGCAUAAAUUAUUUUUACCAGAUUGUUUGUUCUCUGACUAACCUCAAAAUUUUUUGAAACAAUCUAAAGUUUCAUACGUAAUUUUCAGCUGACAAUAUUUUAUAAUCGAACUAUUGAUUAAAGUUUUGAACCAACUAUUAAUUGAUAUCUUCUGAUAUAAAUAGAGAUUACUUUCAUAACCUCUGCUCACAAAAAAGUUUGUAUUGCUGCAAGAUGAACAAUCAGAAAAAUUAACCUAAAAAAAUUAACCUGAAGAAACAAACAUUGAUUUCAUUCUUGUAAGUUCUUUGCUUUGAAACAAAGAUACUCGAAAUUGAUACUUUAAGAAUAAAACAAUAAAUAAAUUAAUGUAUGAUAAUAAUUUAUGUAAAAAUUUAUUAAUCUGCCUGUAAAACAAACUUUUUUUUAAAAUGAUUGUUUAUUUAUUGAAUAAAUAAUUAACUUAAUAACUGAAAAAUAAAAUUAUAAAAGGGAUCACUGUAAAAUUUUGUGAUGCAUUAAUGAAGAAAUGAAAUAUUUAAAAAAAAAUUAAAUUAAAUAUCUAAUUAAUACUAAAAAAAAGUAAAUAAUCACAAUUGUGCCCCUUGUUAAUAAAAGUAGCGCACACAAGUCUUGAUUGACUGAAACAUAAAAUUUUUUGCCAUAUACUAUUAUAUUUAAAAAAACAGUAGUAAGCGAAAAUGUAUGACAUGAACGAAGUAUGACAGGGAGCAUGCCGAUUAAAUAAAUUAUAAAUAUAAUGAAUGAAUAAAUUAAUUAAUAAAAAAUUAUCUAAGCCGGAAUUUGUAAUUCCAUAAUUUAUUAUAAUAAUCCAGUGCAUUAUUUAUUCACAUUACAGUAUAUUGUAUACAUUAUUUUUUUAUUAUGCAUUAAUUAUUAUUAUUCAUUUUUCUUUUGCUUACGAAUAAUUUUUGUGUUUAUUUUUUUAUUUUGUUUUUAAUCGAUUAUUAAUCAUUCCUUAGUCAUUAUUUAAUAUAUCGUCCAAUUAACCGGCAACUAAUUAAUAAAAUAUUAUUAAAUGAACAAAAAAAUUUUUUUCAAUAAAAUUAAUUCACUAAUAACUAUAUAUAAAUAUAUAUAAAUAUAAUUAUAAAUAUUAUAUAUUAUUAAUAAAUAUAAAUAAUGAAUUAGUUAAUAAAAAAAAAAGAUGAAUGAUUAAAUAAAUAAAUAAUAAUAAUAAAAUAAAUAAAAGCAAACGCGUCCAUCGUGGCAUUUUACUUUUCUCAAACUUUGUAUAUCUAAUUAUUAUUAAUUAUUACUAUUAUUAUUAUAAUAAUGAUAAUUAUGUAGGAUUUAAUAUAUUUAAUCAAUCAAGUAAACAAAUAAUUAAACAGCUAUUUGUAAAUUCGAGAAAACUUUCUUACAAUUGCAGAUAUAUUAUUAUCAAUAAAUCGAUAUAUUAUUAUCGAUACAUUUAUAAUAUUUCAAUAAUAUUAUUGAUUUUUAUUAACACGAGAGUAUUUCUUAUUUUAAUAAUUUAUUAUUUUUAAUUAGUUUUUAAUCAACAAAAUUUUAUUUUUUAACCUCAAAAAAUUAACAAUUUAUUAACUUUUGGUAAUUUUAAUUACAAUUUCUCAAAAAUAUUAAUUAAUUGUCAAAUUAAUUUUUUUUCAUUGAAAUCCGUGAGUUCUAUUCAAUUUUAUUCAUAAGCCGAAGGCUAACGCCGCAAUCAGCCGGAAUUUGAAGGUUAUCUUGAUGAAUUUCAUAUUUUUUUCAUAAAUUUCAAUUUUUUUUUAAUUUUUGACACAAAUAAUUUUCAAAGUUUUAAUUGAACAGAAAAAUUAAAUUCAAAAAAAUUUGAAUUUUGAAUAAAUUGUCAAUUUUCUGUUGAAGUUAACGAGUAAAACUCGAAAAAACUUAUGUAUUAAAAUACUGAUUUGAGUAAAAAUAAUAAAAAUUAUUAAAAUAAGGACUACUUUAAUACAUACAUAUUGAAAUAUAUGUAUAUACAUAUAUAAAUACACAACAGUAUAUAAAAGAGAGAAUAAAUUUGAAAUAUAAAUAAAUAAAAUAGAUUUACGACGGGAUUAUAAAAAUGAUUAAACAAUAAAUGAAAAGUUAUUAUAUUAAUAAAAUGGUUGAAAAUUAAUGAAACGGUUAAUAUCAUACUAAAACUGCCAUACUAAUUAAGAUUAUCCAGCAUUCUGAGAGAAUAAAUAAAUACAAGAUUUAUAAAUUUUUAAAUGUCGCCAUAACAUUGCAUUUAUUUUAUAUUUUUUAAAAUUGUAAUUCAUUUUAUUUAUAACAACGUAAUUACUUUUCAAUAAAUUGUAUUUUAAUUAAGUUAAUUUCUUUGUAAACCAUGACAAAUUUACAACUUAUGUUACUAAUUUGAAUUGUCGAAUAUGAAUGACGAAAAUUGAUUGGACAGUUAAUUAAAAAAAUUUAAUUAACUUAGUAAAUAAAUCAAUUAUUUGUUUUUUAUUUAUUAAAGUAUCAAUGAAUCAUGUAGUGAAUUUUUAAGAUUGAAUAUCAAUUUUUUAUAUUUAAUACCAAAAUUUUUAAAACAUAAAUCAAAUUUGUUAAUUUUAUGUACGGUCAAUUAUUUUAAAAAAAGGGAAGAGAAUUGUAAUUAUUUAAAAAUUCCAUGAUUAAUUAGGUAGCAGUUGUGCUUUAAAAAAAAUUGAUAAAUAAUUAAAUCUGCUGGUUAUUUAAAAAUGGCGCGCAGUAUAAAUAAAAUUUAACUGGAACAAAAAAAUACUGAUUUAAAAUAUAAAAUAAAAAACAUUUGUCUACUUUUUGAAGAAAUAAAAAAAUAAUUGUAAUGAAAUGAUAUUUUAUAAGAGAAAAUGUAUUCAUUAAAUACUUAUAUUAAUAUUAUUGAAUUAAUGAAAGAAAAAAAAAUAUUUGAAAUAAAAAUAAAAAAAAAAAUGCGAUGCCGUAAAAAUAAUUUGAGCUAAAUAUGAUUAAUGAUUAACAAUAAAUUUAUUAAUCAUAUUGAUUAAUUUUUUUGAUUAAUUAUCUAAGUACUGAAUUAUUCCGUAUAAAUUUAUUUACAUAUAUAUGUAUAUAUUUAUCUCAAUCGCACACCACUGAUAUUAAAAAAAAAAAAAAUUAUAAGCAAGUAAACAAAUAAAUACUUAUAUACAUAUAUGUGUACUUAUUAAUAUGAAUACAGUGAAAUUAAUGAAGAAAAAAAAACAAUUAAUUUAAUUAUAUAUUUAAAUAAAAUUUUUUUCAUUAAUUUAAUUAUUAAUCAUUUGAAAUUAUCAACUAUUAACUAUUAUUGUUAUUAACGAAGCUAUUGAUUUAUUGUAAGAGCAUAACAUAACUAAUAUCAUUAUAAUUAUAAUUAUAUUUUAUAAAUUACUAAUUAAUUUUUGUUGUUGUUGAACUAACAAUAAUAAAAAGGAUUAAAAUCUAAUUAUAUUUGUAUAACAAUGGAUUAAUAAAAUAGUGAAAGCCGAUAAGAUGUUUUAGGGAAUGGAAAAUAUAAUUCAUCUAAGAUGAAUUUUUUGUUAGUAUGAAUUCAUAUAGACUACGAAAACAAUGCUUUUGCGUUCGUGGAACGCUUGUACGUUAAACAUGUUAUGAUUAUUGAUUGAUUGAUUGAUUAAUUGAUUAACAAAGGAUUAAAUGAAGGAGGGAUAAAAAAUAAAUAAUAAUUGCACUAUAUUGAAUUAGUAUGAAUAACAAUUAUUGUAUGUGGUCGCUCCUUUUCUGUAAAUAAACACUGUAAUGUAUAAAAAAAAAUAA